CAAACGAUGACAGCAAAAUUUGUUGCCUUAUCAAUUUAUCAGGAAUUUCAUAACGUCACACAAUUUGAGUUAUAUAAAAGCGUUUUAGUUGAUAUUGUUUAGUUAGUUGUUUUAUCAGAUACAUGUGAGUUUUCACAACACUAGAUGGCUUUAAUAACAGAUAACCUUACAUUCGAUCUAGUUGCAGUCCUGGCAACAAUUCUAGUUGGCAUAAUUGCCUACUUAAAAUGGCAAUUAUCGUACUGGGAUCGACUAGGUAUACCAAGUUUAAAUCCUGUUUUAUUUUUCGGCGAUAUCAAAGACUUUAUUCUUGCAAAAUGUACCCUGGGUGAGAAAUUUAAGGAAUUUUAUGGCAAAUUUAAAUCAAAAGGCUACAAACAUGGGGGAGUUUUCUUUGGCCCGAAACCCUUCUAUAUGCCAAUAGAUCCAGAACUUGUUAAACAUAUUAUGCAAAAAGAUUUCCAACAUUUUGUAAACCACGGAAAUUACAUGAAUGAAAAAGAUGAUCCUCUUAGUGGACACCUUUUCAACUUAGAAGAUACAAAGUGGAGAAACAUGCGAAUUAAACUAACGCCGACUUUUACUUCCGGAAAAAUGAAGAUGAUGUUCCAAACUUUGGCGGAUUGUACUCAAGGUCUUAAAGAAAUUAUGGACAAUUCAGCCUUAAAUCAUGCUCCGGCUGACAUCAAAGACAUUCUUGGUCGUUUUACUACUGAUAUCAUCGGAUCAGUUGCUUUUGGUAUUGAAUGUAACAGUCUUAAAGACCCUAACGCUGAGUUUAGAAAAUAUGGCCGAAAAGUCUUCGAAGUUGGAUUUAUUGACAGAAUUAAAACAAUCUGCAUAAUUUCACUACCUCAUCCAGUACUUCGAUUCUUCAAAAUUAAAUUUACUAAAUCUGAUGUCGAAAAAUUCUUCAUGAAUGCUAUUCGAGACACCGUCAACUAUCGAGAGAAAAAUAACAUAUAUCGUAGAGAUUUCAUGCAUCUAUUGCUUCAAUUAAAAAAUCGCGGUUUCAUCACCGAUGAUGAAAAUGUAAUAGAUGAUAAGGGAAACGUAAAAGAAAAUGCUUUGACUCUAAACGAACUCUCAGCACAAGCUUUCGUUUUCUUCUUGGCUGGCUUUGAAACAUCAUCGACGACAAUGACUUGGGCCUUAUACGAAUUGGCAACCAAUCAGGACGUACAAGAAAAGUUAAGAAAAGACAUAAAUAAUGUUUUGAGCAAACACGACAAUAAACUGACUUAUGACGCAAUGAUGGAAAUGACCUACAUGGAAAAAGUUAUUCACGAAACUUUGCGCAAAUAUCCUCCGCUACCAAUUUUGACGAGAAGAUGCAACAAGGAUUAUACAAUUCCCAAUACUUCUAUUACACUAAAGCAAGGUACUGCGGUCGGUAUUCCAGUUUUGGCACUACACACCGAUCCCGAUUACUAUUCGAACCCGGAAAAAUUUGAUCCUGAACAUUUCAGUGAAGAAAAUGUCAAGGCUAGGCCCAAUUUCACUUGGCUUCCUUUUGGUGACGGACCUAGAGUUUGUAUUGGUUUGAGAUUCGGAAUGCUACAAAGCAAAGUCGGUUUGACCGUACUUUUGAAGAAUUAUAAAAUCAAACUCAGUAACAAAACAGAACUUCCCAUCAAAUUAGAUCCAAAAUCUUUUAUUACCACGGCUAAAGGUGGAAUUUGGUUGGAUGUAGAAAAGUUGGACUAGAAAAAUAUUAAUGUUUUUGCAUAUAACAUAAACACUUGAAUUUUUUUCUUAUUAAACUGCAAAGGAUUGACAUUAAUCAUUACAUUUAUAAAAUGCUAUGUGUACACCUAAUAUGUGAUUAUAAUAAAAAAAUUUAAAGAUAA